UCCGGUCGCAGGGAGGCGGCGGAUAGUGCGCAAGCGCGAAUCCCACUUCUGGCUUUCUGUCUUCCCCUCCCCCUCCCUUCCCCAGCCUGAGGGGUCCUGAGGUGACAGCGCCUGGCAGUGGGACCGGAGGAGCCGGCGGAGGAGAAGAUGGACAGGGCCAGGCCUGGGCGUCGGCGAGCUUCGUCAGAGAUUGUGACAGAGGGAAAGAGGAGAAAGUCAUCACCAGCUGACUUACAGAAGAUGACAAAGUUGUUAACUGUAAGGUCAGAGGAUGCUCUUGCUCAGUCACCAUUGUCCAAACUCAGAGACACAGGAUGCUGGGAUUUCCCUUUGGAGGGGUGGACAAGAAGCCUAAGAAAUAAAGUCAUCUGUCUAGACCACAAAACCACAAAAGCUGCCCAUGGGUGUCCUCCUAAGGCAUUACCAGAAAGGCAUCUCAGAGUUAUGUUGACGAAUGUUCUAUGGACGGACUUAGGACGAGAAUUCAGAAAGACCCUGCUUAGAAAUGAUGCUAAUUUAUGUGAUACCAGCAAGGUGCAAUCAGACUCAUUGCCUUCGACAUCUGUUGACAGCAUAGAGACAUGUCAAAGAUUAGAUCCUCUUCACCAAAGCCUUAAUUUAUCUGAAAGGAUACCCAGAGUUAUAUUGACGGAUAUCCGGCAAACAGAAUUAGGAAGAAAAUACUUAAAGAUCCCAUCUGUAACUGAGGCCAGUUUGAGUGAUACAGCCAACCUGAGAUCAGAGCGGCUUUCUUCAUCAUCUGAUGGCAGCUUAGAGACUUGUCAGAGUGUCAGUCAUCACAAGAGCUUUUUAUCUGAAAGGGGCCCCAAACCAAGUAGGACAGGCAACGUUCCUGCAAAGGAGGCCGCAUGUGGGGAACAGACGCAGGGUGGUGAUGGAGAAGUUGUUCCUGAGAUGGCCGCUCCUCAGUCUAAAGACUUUAAUAGUGGAAAUAAAGGUGAUUACCUUGAAGAGGGGACCAGCACCAAGAACACUUCUUCUUCAGAAAUGGACCAUACUCCAGUUCCCAGGAAGAGGAAGAAAAGGGGUAGAAGGGAUUCUCAUGAUUCUCAUAAUUCUAAGUCUUCUUUGGAUAAGCCAACAGAAUAUAUAAAAGUUCAGAAGGAAGAAGAAAAUGACUCUUCAGUCUCCAGUAAGCUUGAAGAGUCAAGUGAAGACUCUCACCAGGACCUAGCACCCCCUGAAGGACUCACACCUGAUUCUUUAGAGAGCGAGGCUGGUAACCUGUGCUCAUUCGGCACCGUUCAGGAGCCAGCUGUUAGUGCUGCCUCUGGAAGGGCCUCUUCACCCAACAAAAGCUCGGAGAGCUCUGUUUCUAGUGAAGUGGUGGAGAAUUCUUCCAUGGCUGCGAAGGACGAGGCGUUGACUAUACAAGAAGCAUCUCCUCCAGGUGGAGACAGUGAAGAGAACCAAUUGUUGAUCUCUGCUGAGCCAAUUGUAGUUUCCAGUGAUGAAGAAGGACCAGUGGAACAUAAGAAUUCAGUAAUUCUAAAAUUACAGCCUCAUCAAGAUUAUGAGAUUAUGAGUGAAAAUCAGAGUAUUUCUGAUCCACAGUUGUCAGAACUAACACUAGGUGCAUGUGAAUCUGUACAGGUGUCAUCUGAAUUAUGUCCAUACAAUCCUGACAUAGAAAACAUUUCCUGUAUUAAGCCUAAUAGUGAAAUGGAUCUGAAAUUGGAUUUCAUAUUUACUUGUGUGUAUAUUGGUAAAAUAAAAGGAACUUCAAAAGGUUGUGCCACAUUCACAAAGAAGUAUAUUAAAAUCCCAUUUCAAGUGUCUAUGAAUGAGAUUUCACUGACAGUGGACACCACACGUUUAAAGAGGUUCGGGUUAUGGGAAAGCAAGGAUGAUGACCACAGUAAGAGGAGCCAUGCUAUCCUUUUCCUCUGGGUUUCGUCAAACUACCUUCAAGACAUUCAGACCCAGUUAGAAAACCCCAUGUUAAGCCAGCAAUCAAAAGCCAAUGAAUUUAUUUUCCUUGAGUUAAACAGUUCCAUUUCACAAAGAGAAGAAUUGAAAUUGAAAGAUAUUAUGAUGGAAAUCAGUACAACAAAUGGAGAAUUACAACUCUCUUGUCCAUUGCCGUGGGUCCAGGCUCUUCCUUUGUUUCAGGAUCUCUCUCCACAAGAAAUCUCUUUUCUUCACUAUUACUGUGCUUCAGCUUCCUCUUUCCCUGCUGCUGGUGCAGACAUGAAGAAGUCAGUAUCUCAGCUCUCAAAUUCAGACACAAUCAAGCCUACUUACACCUUCCUACAUAAGCAAAGUAGUGGUUGCUACUCACUCUCUAUUACUUCAAGUCCAGAUGAAGAAUGGCGAGAAGUCAGGAACACGGGACCCGUUCAGAAGUUGAUUGUUUACCCUCCACCACCUACUAAGGGAGGCUUGGGAGUAACUAAUGAAGAUCUGGAGUGUUUAGAAGAAGGAGAAUUUCUUAAUGAUGUAAUCAUUGACUUUUAUCUUAAGUAUCUUCUAUUGGAGAAGGCAUCAGAUGAGCUUGUUGAGCGAAGUCACAUUUUUAGUAGCUUUUUCUAUAAAUGCUUGACAAGAAAGGAAAAUAAUUUAACAGAAGAUAAUCCAGACCUUUCAGUGGCUCAGAGGAGACACCGAAGAGUGAGAACAUGGACUCGUCAUAUAAACAUUUUUAAUAAGGACUACAUCUUUGUACCUGUAAAUGAAUCGUCUCACUGGUAUCUUGCAGUCAUUUGUUUUCCAUGGCUAGAAGAAGCUGUGUAUGAAGAUUUUCCACAAACUGUGUCCCAAGAGUUCCAGGAUCAGCAGUCUCAACAUGACAACAAAAUGAUAGGUAAUGAUCCACACACCACUUCAGCUGUGUCCACAAGUACAGAGGACCCCCAAAGUACCGAGACGAAUAUGUCAGUACCAAAGAAAAUGUGUAAACGGCCAUGUAUUCUCAUACUAGACUCCCUGAAAGCUGCUUCUAUACAAAACACAGUCCAGAACUUACGAGAGUAUUUGGAGGUAGAGUGGGAAGUUAAACGAAAAACGCACCGUGAAUUCAGUAAAACAAACAUGGUCGACUUCUGCCCUAAAGUCCCUAAGCAGGAUAACAGCAGCGACUGUGGAGUCUAUUUAUUGCAGUACGUGGAAAGCUUCUUCCAGGAUCCCAUUGUUAACUUUGAACUUCCAAUUCACUUGGAGAAAUGGUUUCCUCGCCAUGUAAUUAAGGCCAAACGGGAAGAUAUUCGAGAGCUCAUUUUGAAACUUCAUUUACAGCAACAGAAGGGCAGCAGCAGCUAGUUAAUCUGUGCACACAUGGCACAUGCUCCCUAAGCUUCCUGGAAAGCCGCUUACCAGCAUCUGUGUCAGCUUACAGAGAAGAAAGUAACUUACAGUACAUCAUAAAUUGUUAAAAUGUAUAUGGGAUCUUGUUUGAAUCCUUGGGCUCUCACAGCCGAAGGCAAUGAAAAAGGCACUUAUAAGUUAGAAAUUAAAAUUUCAAAAAUAUGAUAUUUUUAUGACUAAAUAUGCUUGGAUUAUGCAAUAGCAUAUGUAAUGUGGGAAUGUUUUUCUAAGUAAUAGACCUAUGUGAUCUGUACUUCCACAUGACUGGGUGUUGAUGGGAGGUAGGCUCUCCCUGGUGCCAGCCCAGUGCUUGUCAGGUUUGUUGACAAGUCACAUCAUAUUGUAAUUCUAUUCUUUGCAGCUCAAGCAUGCAGUAUGAAUACUGUGUAUUUUUUUUAAAAAAGAACUUAGUAUCAAGGCUUCAGAAAAUGCCAUUCACGGCAUCUCUUCUGUAUAGUGUGAAAAAAAAAAAGAAAUAUCAUUAAAAAUUUACCCUUUCAAAGUGCAGCUUAUUCUCAAUUGCUAAAUGCAACUACUUCACUCUAAUUUCCUCCUCCACUUAUUUCAAUGUCACAUAUAGGGAUCUGAGAAAUGAGUUCAUUUAUUCAUAUAAAAUGUGAAACAAAUUUUAAUACCAAAUAAGUUUUAAGAUACUAUGUAGCUAAGCUUUGUUUAUUUGACGUAUAGCUAUAUAAAUAUUCAUUCCUACAUUACCCCAAAAUGUGUGUAUACAGUUUCUAUAAAAGAUAAAAUCGGUAUCCUCAUAAUUUUAACAAAGAGAAUACCUUUAAACUUCUAUUUAUUAUUUAGAACCAAAUAUGUGAUUUUAUAGUUUGGUUUAUCCACUACUCAUGUGCAAAGCCAGAUUUUUCAUUGCUUUUAUAUUUUUAAGUUAUGGUUUUUAAAGCUGUAUGAUCCUCCAUGGAUCUCAUAUAUGCAGCACUUAAUAUUUUAUUAAAUGUUCAGGUAACAGUUCUACUGAAUUUAUGUGAUGAUGGUAUUAUCUAACAAACAUUUUGAGGGAGACAUAAUCAUACUGUUUUCUCAAAGAAUGGAUUUUAGAAUAUCAUUUUAAACAUCUCUUGGAUUUAUAGUUAUAAUUGUGUGUAAAGCACUUGAAGCAAAGAUAAUUUAAGAUAAAACUAAGAAGUCUGAAACUUUAAUUUUUAAUCAAGUGAUGUGGGGUUCUCAGUCACCUCGGCUUCUGUAGAUCUUGUCUCUCUCUGCAUUGUUCAAGGUACGUGGCUUUUGGAGAUCUCACAUGAAAAUGGUUAUUAAUUGCAUAAUUCAUUCCCAAUUUGUAUGUAUUGGGGAGAAUUUUUUUAAAGUGGCUGUUAAUUAUGUUGUAUACCUAAUUUUGGAAAGCAAAUAUGUGAGACAUCUUGCAAUUUCUGAACUUUUUUUGUUUGUGUGUUUUUCAAAGAUACCAUAGUCCUUCAUCAUGUUUUGGAGACUGUUUAAAAUUUGUUUUCCUAAAUUCAUGUAGAAAUGAUUUGAGGAUAUCAACAUUUUGUAUUAAACAUGUUUUCAAUUCA